GUGUGUGUCUGGCAGCAGCAGCAUCAGCAGCAGCAUCUUGUCAUCUGUGCGUAAAAGAGCGAGGAAAAGGGAAAGUAAAUAACAACGCUUGAGUUUAAUGGACCGUUAAAACAGCCUGGAUUUACAUCUCGGGGAGAAUUUGGUUCACAUCGUUCAGUCGCUGGAAAACCUGCGCGUUCCUGUUGAACACAUUUCACAUUUGGGGACAUCCAGAGUUGUCCAGAUGUUAAUCCACACCUAUUCGGCUAUGGACCGCGCCGACGGACUUAGCGGCUCUUCGCCGAGUGGGCGCCUCUCCCAGCUCUCCUCCCUGAACCAGGCCGCCUACUCCUCGGCUCCCCCGCUCUGCCACACCCCGGCCUCUGACUUCCAGCCGCCGUACUUCCCUCCCCCCUAUUCCCAGUCCUCCCUGCAAUACUCCCAGAGCCAGGACUCGGCGUAUUCCCACCUGUCAGACCCUUACACCUCCAUCAACUCGCUCCACCAGCACCAGCAAGCGGCGUGGCACUCGCAGAGGUCGCGCUCCGACGAUGGGGGGCUCCUGUCACAGUCUCACCGGGCGCUCAGCCUCGACCACCGGCGGGAGUACGCAGCCGUGCCCCGGCUGCUCCACGGUCUCGGGGAAGGGGCGGCCGCGCUGGGGGACGGUCCUCUCGGGAUGCACCUGGGACAUCACGGCCUGGACGAUCUGCAGGGAAUGGAGGAAGGAUCAGCCCUGGGCAUCCUCGACCACUCUGUCAUUAAAAAAGUUCCCAUGCCACACAAGCUGAACGGCUCGUCCCUCUCGGUCCUCUCCAUGGGGAAGGACGGCCUCGGGGUCGGGCUGGUGUCCAACCCGGCCGAGGUCUUCUGCUCGGUGCCCGGUCGCCUGUCGCUGCUCAGCUCCACCUCCAAAUACAAGGUGACGGUCGGGGAGGUGCAGCGGCGCCUCUCCCCGCCCGAGUGCCUCAACGCCUCCCUGCUGGGUGGAGUCCUCCGCAGGGCAAAGUCAAAGAAUGGUGGCCGCUGUCUGAGAGAGCGUCUGGAGAAGAUUGGCCUCAACCUGCCCGCCGGGCGACGCAAGGCAGCCAACGUCACUCUGCUAACAUCUCUAGUGGAGGGUGAGGCCGUCCAUCUGGCGCGGGACUUCGGCUACGUGUGUGAGACAGAGUUUCCAGCCAGAGCCACAGCCGAGUAUCUGUGCAGGCAGAGUGAACCCGAGCAGCUCCCAACACGGCGCAGCAUGCUCCUCGCCACCAAGGAGGUCUGUAAGGAGUUCGUGGACCUCAUGUCCCAGGACCGCUCCCCGCUGGGCGGCAGCCGACCCAACCCGUGCCUGGAGCCCGGCGUCCAGGGAAGCCUCACCCACUUCAGCCUGCUCACCCACGGCUUCGGAGCCCCCGCCAUCUGCGCCGCGCUGUCCGCCUUCCAGAGCUACCUGAUGGAGGCCAUCAAAAUGCUGGAGAAGGGAGAGGGCGGCGGGAAGAGCCACCACGACAAGGAGAUGAAGCACCGCAAAUAG